AUGUAUAUUUGGGGUAUUCUCUAUGCACUGUGCUUGGCUGUAAAAGAGACCGUGCAGAAGGAGAGCGCAUGCAUUUUCAUUCUGUGCAGAAACAGCGACAUAUCUGGGCUCAAGCCAACAAUAACGAAAUUCGAAAAAUACUUUAACAAAAAAUACCAGUACCCAUAUGUUCUAGUGAAUGACGUCCCGUUCACUGAAGACUUUAAAAAAGAAUUUACAUCACUCACAGGAAACACAGUGGAAUUUGGAAUAAUUCCCACUGAGCAAUGGAGCUAUCCCGUCUGGAUCGAUAAGAAGAAGGCCAAGGAAAGAAGAGAUAAAAUGCAAAAAGACAAUGUGUUGUAUGGCGGGAGUGAAUCGUAUAGACACAUGUGCAGAUACUUUUCUGGGUUCUUUUUUAACCACCCACUCACUGCAAAGUAUCAGUACUACUGGAGAGUAGAGCCAGACACGUCCCUUCACUGUCCAAUAGAGUAUGACGUGUUUGAGUACAUGCGCAUAAACAAAAAGAAGUACGGAUUUACAAUAGCACUCUAUGAGUACCCACAGACAGUGGCUUCUUUAUGGAAAACUGUUCAGCAGUUUAUUUCCUCAUACAAUACAUUUUAUAAGCCUGGUGACUACUGGACAAUAAUAGAGCCAAUUAACCUACACAGGUUCAUCACAGAUGAAAUGUAUACGCAAUACAAUAUGUGCCACUUUUGGUCUAACUUUGAAAUAGCAGACUUUUCCUUCUUCAGAAGCAAGAAAUACAGAAUGUUCUUUAACUACCUAGACAGAUCAGGCGGAUUUUUCUAUGAGAGGUGGGGAGAUGCUCCUGUCCAUUCAAUCGCAGCCUCUAUAUUCUUAAAUAGCAAAGAAGUCCACUACUUUGAAGACAUUGGGUAUACUCACCCGCCAUUUACACACUGCCCACAUCCUUCCCUUCAAAAAUCUGCCUGUGACUGCAAUGCUUUUACUUCAGUGUCCAUUACUAUGCCUCAGUGUAUAAGUCUGUAUAAAAAAGUAAGUAAACUAACAAGUAAUCAAUAAUACCAAGAGUGCAUAUAUGCUUUAUAUACACUCAGAUAUACACUCUUAUAUUCUUGUUCUGUUAAACU